ACUCAGGCCCAAGCCGUCUGUCCCUGUCCCCCAGGAAACCUUCCGUUAAAACAGUGGGGGCUUCUGAGCUGGUCUCCAGCUUUGGAAGGCUCCGCUCUGGUCAUGACACCACCUCCUCUGGGCUCCCGUUGGCAAGGCCAUGAAUUCCAGGCCCCAUUCCCAAGAGCCUCAAGGAACAAGGAGGCGAAAGGACCAUGGGGCACAGUGUUCCAGACUCCCAUCCUGGGGGAGUGUUCUUGUUUCUCUUCUGCUGUGAUCAAACAGCCAAGAGGAGGAAAGGAUCUAUUCCGCUUGUAACUCCGGGUCCAGCCCAUCACUGAGGGAAGUCAAGGCAGGAUCAGGACAGGAACCUGAGGGCAGGGUUACACGUGGCAUCUCCCCUGACCAAGGGGCUCAAGAGUACAGAGGAGCACGGCAGGAAUGACGGGGAUGCUGCUUCCUGGCUGACUGAUCCACAGGCUCGUGCUCGGCUGGCUUUAUGUCGCCUAGGACCACCAGCCCAGGGAAUGGUGCCUCCCACAACGGGCUGGCCCUCCCAUACCAAUUAACAGUCAAGGCAGUCCUCCACAGACGUGGCCGCAGGAUGGACUCAUUUGAAGACAAGCUGCGGCAGCUGCGGGAGGCCUUCAACUCGGGGCAGACUCGGCCGGCUGAGUUCCGGGCUGCACAGCUGCGGGGCCUGGGCCACUUCCUGCGGGACAACAAACAGCAGCUGCAGGAGGCGCUGGCUCAGGACCUCCACAAGUCAGUCUUUGAGUCGGAGGUGUCUGAGAUUGCCAUCAGCCAGGCUGAGGUGGACCUAGCUCUCAGGAACCUGUGUUCUUGGAUGAAGGACGAGAAAGUGUCCAAGAACCUGGCCACACAGCUGGACUCAGCCUUCAUCCGGAAGGAGCCCUUCGGCCUGGUGCUCAUCAUUGUGCCCUGGAAUUACCCCUUGAACCUGACACUCGUGCCACUGGUGGGGGCUAUUGCUGCAGGCAAUUGUGUGGUACUCAAGCCCUCAGAGACCAGCAAGGCCAUUGAGAAGAUCCUGGCUGAGGUCCUGCCCCGCUAUCUGGACCAGAGCUGCUUUGCUGUGGUGCUGGGUGGGCCCCAGGAAAGCGCCAAGCUGCUGGAACACAGGUUUGACUACAUCUUCUUCACAGGGAACCCUCAGGUAGGCAAGAUCGUCAUGGCCGCCGCAGCCAAACACCUGACUCCCGUCACCCUGGAGCUGGGGGGUAAGAACCCCUGCUACGUGGAUGACAGCUGCGACCCCCAGAUCGUGGCCAACCGUGUGGCCUGGUUCCGCUACUUCAAUGCUGGCCAGACCUGUGUGGCCCCCGACUACAUCCUGUGCAGCCAGGAGAUGCAGGAGAGGCUGCUGCCUGCCCUGAAGAAUGCCAUCACGCGUUUCUACGGAGACAACCCGCAGACCUCCCCCAACCUGGGCAGAAUCAUCAACCAGAAACACUUCAAGCGUCUCCAGGGACUGCUGGGCUGUGGCCGCGUGGCCAUCGGUGGCCAGAGCGAUGAGAGCGAUCUGUACAUUGCCCCCACAGUGUUAGUGGAUGUGCAGGAGACAGAGCCUGUGAUGCAGGAGGAGAUCUUCGGGCCCAUCCUGCCCCUGGUGACUGUGAGGAGCCUGGAUGAGGCCGUUGAGUUCAUCAACCGGCGGGAGAAGCCUCUUGCACUGUAUGCCUUCUCUAAAAGAAGCCAGGUGGUCAAACAGGUGCUGGCCCGGACCAGCAGCGGUGGCUUCUGCGGGAACGAUGGCUUCAUGCACAUGACGCUGUCCAGCCUUCCUUUCGGAGGAGUGGGCUCCAGCGGCAUGGGUAGAUACCACGGCAAGUUCUCCUUUGACACCUUCUCCAACCAGCGCGCCUGUCUGCUGCGCAGCCCAGGGAUGGAGAAAAUCAAUGACUUCCGCUACCCACCCUACUCCAGGCGCAACCUCAGGGUGCUGCUGGUGGCCAUGGAGGAAAGAAGCUGCAGCUGUACACUACUCUGAGCGGGGCUGCCGGCCACAGGAGCCCUCCCUGGAACACAGCUGCUAGGGAAGAAGCCUGCCAGGGCCCAGGCCACAGAGCAGUUUGCUUAGCCCUUGUCUGUGAAGCUCCCUUCCUUCUGGGGCUUCCCUUUUUGGACCUUUGACUGUUCUGAAUGGGACAGGCUGAGGGCAGGAAUGUGGGAAGGGGUGCAGUGACCUGUCCGUCCCUUCCAGUGCUAGCCUUGGAAUCUGGGAGAAAAUGUCACAUCCGAAGUACCCACCUUCUUGCAGCUAGUGCCUCGGGGAAGCAGUGAUGGUUGGUACAGGCCACAUUCCCUGACCCCCAUGUCUGAGUCCUCUGAGCUUCGGUUUUCUAUCUGCACAGUGGAGAUAAAUUAACAGCCUGUGGUCGCAGGGAGUAUUAAACUCUGAGGGCUGACCCCAAA